AUGGCUUCAGUUUCUCACUAUUUCCUGCUAGUUCUGGUCUUUUUGGAUUCACAUGCAGCUCAGCUAUCCUGUCUGCCAGGGUGUACCUGCUCAGAGGAGAGUUUUGGCAGGACUCUGCAGUGCAUGUCUAUCCCUUUGGGAAAGAUCCCAAGGAAUCUUCCUGAAGAGUUCAAGCAAGUGAGAAUUGAACGUUCGUCCUUAUUUGAAUUGUCCCGAGGGUCUUUCACCAACAUGAGCACUUUGGAAUACCUUUGGCUCAAUUUUAACAAUGUCACUGUGAUCCACCUAGGAGCCCUGGAGUACCUGUCCAAACUGAAAGAGCUGAGACUGGUAGGGAACAAACUCCAUUCAAUAUCGUGGACAGCGUUUCGUGCCACCCCACUCCUGAGGGUCUUGGAUCUCAAACACAACAGGAUUGAUGUACUUCCGGAGCUGGCUUUUCAGUUCUUGGUCAAUCUGAGCUACCUUGACCUAUCCUCCAAUAGGCUUACAGUUGUAUCUAAGAAUGUCUUCUUGAACUGGCCGGCCUAUCAGAAACAUCAGCAGCCUGGCUGUGGGUCCAAAAUUCUCUCCAGCAUGGUGCUGGCGCUGCACAACAACCCCUGGCUAUGUGACUGUCGCUUAAGGGGACUUGUCGAGUUUGUAAAGUUCAUCAGCUUCCCAGUCAUCCUAGUGAAUCCCUAUCUAAUGUGCCGAGACCCUCUCUCCAAGGCAGGGCAGUUUUUUUAUGAAACUGAGCUCAGUGCUUGCAUGAAGCCUCAGAUCUUAACCCCCAGUGCCAAUGUCACCAUCCAGGUAGGACAGAACAUAACCCUGCGAUGCCUGGCACAGGCCAGCCCCUCACCAACCAUUGCAUGGACAUAUCCCAUGAGCACGUGGAGGGAAUUUAAUGGGUUGCUGAGAGGCAAACACCUGAAUCCAGUGUUGACCUCAUCUGCUGCAGAAGAUGCUGUUUUGUCGGAGCUGGUCAUACCUGCUGCCCACCUAGUAGACAGGGGCAAUUACACCUGUGUGGCUUCCAACUCCAUCGGCAGGAGCGCCAUGGUCAUCUCCCUUCAUGUCCAGCCUGCCCUGGCCCUACCUGCACCCCAUUCUCCUUCUUCCCCCUCGGAGGGCAAUGCCUAUGUUGCCCUGCGAGUUGUCAAGCAGACAGUGCGAGGGAUCCUGCUGGAGUGGUUUGUGGUGGCCGACACCUCUGAGGAAAAGUGGUUCACCCUCUACGUUGCAUCAGAUGUAGCCCUCAAGAAGGAGGUGGUCCAUAUGGGCCCUGGAAUCAACACAUAUGUUGUGGAUGACCUCCUCCCGGGCACAAAAUAUGAAGCAUGUCUCAGCCUAGGAGCCCAGCCACCACGCCAGGGCCAGUGCGUGGUCUUUGUGACAGGUAGAGACCGUGGCGGGCUGGAUGAAAGGGAGCGCCUUCUGCACAUCACGGUGGUCCUGUGUGCUGUGCUGCUCUCGGUGCCUGUGGGGGCCUAUGUCUGGGCAGCCCAGGCAUCCUGCAGCUGCAGGGAGUGGGGCCUGCACUGCUGUCCUUUUCGCAGGAAAGCCCCCAGGUGCCCCCGUGCAGCCCCACAGCACAUGGAUGACUCCUACACAGAACAUGCAGCUGUCUGUGAGGAUGGCUUGGGGAACAGAGACACUGGGGAGGAUGAGGAGAAAGAAAGAGAGGGAGAUAAUGGCUGA